GACGGCGCAUGCGCAGUACGCGGAGGUCUGGGAGUGUCUGAGCGGCUCGUCGGACGUGCAUCCAGCAGCCCGCAGUCACCGAGGCGCGUCUGCACGGACAAUGAAGCGGCGGACCUGGAAAGAAAUACGGUGCCACAGAGGUGAGCUUCAUUCGCAGCAGAUCACCUUCACCUGCUCGACACCGCUGCAUCGCCUCUGUGAGACUCAAAGGCUACUGGGUGUCAUGAGUUGGCCAUCUGUGGCGGAGACCCACUUCAACCUGCGAGCAGAUUAAACCAGUGAAAAGGGUCCGAGGCACCGGGCAGGACAUUUCUCUGAGCCAGGACCGUGCGGAGGAGAGGGAUGCUGAAGGCCACUGUGGGCUCGGUGGAGGAGAGGGAUGAGGAGCAGGAGGACGAAGGUGAAGAAGAGCUGAGGGAUGGAGGGGUGCCCUUCUAUGUGAACAGAGGGGGGCUCCCGGUGGACGAGGAGACUUGGGAGAGGAUGUGGCGCCAUGUGGCUCGAAUCCACCCCAGCGGUGAAGCCCUGGGGAAGGAGAUGCGUGGUGCCACUGACCUGCCGAAGAUUCCAGUACCGAGUGUGCCUACAUACCAACCUACCACCACUAUCCCACAACGCCUGGAAGCCAUACAGAAAUACAUCAGGGAAUUACAGUACAAUCACACAGGAACACAGUUCUUUGAAAUCAAGAAGAGCCGCCCUCUGACCGCAUUGAUGGACAUCGCUAAGGAGAUGACACGGGAGGCUCUGCCAAUCAAAUGUCUGGAGGCGGUGAUCUUGGGGAUUCACCUCACCAACAACAUGCCGGGCGUGGAGCGCUUCCCCCUCAGCUUUAAGUCUCAGUUCUCAGGGAUCCACUUCCACCACAUUGUGCUGGGAGUUCACAGCGGGGGACGUUUUGGCGCGCUGGGCAUGAGUCGCAGGGAGGACCUGAUGUUCAAGCCCCUGGAGUUCCGGACACUGAUGGACCUGGUGCAGGACUACGACGGGGCCUACCGGGGAUACUGGCACACCCUCCACAAGGUCAAGAUAGGCCAGUACGUGUCCCACGACACUCACAGCGUGGAGCAGAUAGAGUGGAAACACUCGAUACUCGAUGUCGACAAGCUGACCAAGGACGAGCUACGGAAGGAGCUGGAGAGACACACUCGAGACAUGAGGCUGAAGAUAGGAAAGCCUGCACCAGCCUCUCCAACCAAAGACAGGAGAAACAGCAUGGGUUCACCCCUCCGAGCACCAAGCAGCCCCAUACGCAGGAUCAGCCGCGUCGAGAGACGUCCCUCCGGAGAGAAGAAGGUCUUGGAGCGAAAAUCGUCUGCAGACAUGAACGCAUACCAGAUUCGAGUCUGAAGAGGAAUCUAGUGAAGUUUUUAAAACACCACUCACUUGUUCCGUGGAGCCGUUGAUUUACUCAGAUGCUCAGUUCUUUGUACACACGGGCCUAUUCACUGGAUGCAAUGUUGAAUAGGUCACCAGCAACUUUUCCUCCCAAAUCAAGCCUCAUUCUGCUUCCCUGUGUCUGUGAUGUAAGAGGCUUUUUUUCUGGAGCCGUUACUGUGCAUAGUAACUGGUGCUGGCGAUGCUCGCUAAUUAUUAAAAAAAAGAAGGAAUUUGUCGUUUUUAGAUAAGUGCAGUUUUGCUGACUGUACACAAUGUGAAAUGAGAUGCUUCCCUGAAGCUGGCCGAGACUGCCAAACUGUAAAUCUGCUACCGGUCAUAUCAUGGAUUUUAUGUGGCAUUGUCUUGUUCAACAAAAGCUCUUAAGGCUCGUCUUCGAUCUGUAUCGUCGUACUGUAAGUGUGCAAAUACAUGUAAUGUGAUUUUAAAUCCACUUAGGCUCUGCUGGGCAGCAAAUGCUUGUGUAGUGACUAGUUUGUAAAACCACGACCCUCGUGCCUUGUAUGACAACUCAAAGAGAAGAGAAACUUUUUUUUUUUUGUUGGAAAUUCCAUCCAUUAUAGUCAUCGCCUCACUUAACACUAAGCAGUAUAAUCUCCGCUUGUCCAAUUUACUACAGUGUGACUGUCAAUACCCAGAUGGUAGCAUGUUUAGCAUGCCAUUUACCUUACAGAGAUGUUGAGUGAAUACGGGCUUGAAUACAUUAUAUACCUGAGUAUGUCCAAGUGUAAGAAGGCAUCUGUUGAACGAAAAAUAUGGGACUUUCUGUUUAAUGAAUAUAAAAUCUCUCAAUGGACCAAGACAGUCAUCGAGGUGAAUCAUUGGAACAUGGCCGACUGACCUCAUCUGCAUUUCACGUGGAUGUGAAUCACUGAGAAGUCGGUAUACAUGUACUGUAUAACUGCUUUAUAUGUACAUUGUUCCCUUCAUUUGUGUCCAAUAUUCAACUUGCCUUAAGUGGUAUCCGAGCAACAAACUUCCAUUCAAGCAAAGGUGUAAAGAAGUUUGUUUACAGCACUUUUAUCUGCAUUUUGUAAUUUUUUCAAAAUUGGAUAUUCUGCCAUUUUAUACUUCCCUCAGUGUUGGUGAUCACCAGUAGACCACUUAAUAUUUAAGGCGCAUUGUUCUGAAUAUGUUGCCACAGCAUUUUUAUGUGUUCGGUACGUGUUGACCAUUUUCAGUUUAAUAAUAUUCUAUAAAACAACUGUUUUGUACGGGGAAAAAAAGGAUUACAAAGAUCACAAUAAAGUGUCACCAGGAUUGAGGCAACUUAA